AUGGAUGUCAAAUCAGCCUUCUUAAAUGGAGACCUUGAAGAAAAAGUUUACAUUGAGCAACCACAAGGCUACAUAGUCAAAGAUGAAGAAGACAAAGUUUUGAGGUUAAAGAAGGCGCUUUAUGGGCUAAAACAAGCACCCAGAGCUUGGAAUACUCGGAUCGAUAAGUAUUUCAAGGAGAGAAACUUUAUCAAGUGCAACAAUCCAAGUAUGUUCGAGGAAUUCAAGAAGGAGAUGACGAAGCAGUUUGAGAUAACCGAUAUUGGAUUGAUGUCUUACUAUCUUGGAAUUGAAGUGAGGCAAGAAGAAUCUGGAAUCUUCAUUACUCAAGAAGGCUAUGCUAAAGAAGUAUUGAAGAAGUUCAAGAUGGAUGACUCGAAUCCAGUUUGCACACCAAUGGAAUGUUGUGCCAAGUUGUCAAGACGCGAAGAAGGAGAAAGUGUGGAUCCAACACUCUUUAAGAGCUUGGUUGGAAGCCUAUGUUACCUAACGUGCACAAGACCUGACAUCUUGUAUGCAGUCGGAGUUGUAAGCCGAUACAUAAAGCACCCAACAACAACUCACUUCAAGGCAGCCAAGAGGAUCCUUCGCUAUAUCAAAGGUACAUUAAACUUUGGCUUGUACUAUUCUGUUUCUGACGACUACAAGUUUGUAGGAUAUAGCGAUAGCGACUGGGGUGGAAACGUGGAUGACCGGAAAAGCACAAGUGGCUUUGUGUUUUUCAUUGGAGAUACAGCCUUUACAUGGAUGUCAAAGAAGCAACCAAUUGUCACCCUUUCCACCACUGAAGCAGAGUAUGUAGCGGCUACUUCGGGUCCGAUUGGUGACGUUGUGAAUAGUGGUGUGUUACAGAAUUUUCAGUGGUACGAAAGAUAG